AUGGAAGCUUUACCUAAGAUUAAUGGUGAUUCAGCUAAUCAGAAACAAAACCCUAAUUUCCUUGUAGAGGUAAACAACAUUGAGAAACAGCUAUGGACAUUAAUCCAUUCAAAAGGUAUAUUGCAUCCUCAUGUCUCAGAAUUGUACAAGAAAUCAGGUUUUACCUACGAGCAAAUCUUUAAAAGCAAUCUCAAACAAGAAGAGCUUCAAGAAGUUGAGUUCUGUCUCUGGAAACUUCACUAUAAACACAUCGAUGAGUUUCGCAAAGGCGUCGCCAAAACAGAUGAGCAUAGCAAGACAAGCAAUCAUGUGAGAGCCUUCAAAUUGUUUCUUGUAAAAGCAACAGAGUUUUACAAGAAUCUGAUAUCGAAAGUCAGAGGAUAUUAUAACAAGGAAUCUGGAGAAAAAGAAAGAUUCUUAUGCCAUCGUUUCUAUAUAUGUCUUGGAGAUCUUGAAAGGUAUAAAGAACAGUAUUUGAAAACACAUGAAGGUCCUAAUUGGUCAACUGCAGCUACUUACUAUCUUGAAGCUGCAAAAUCUUGGCCUGAUAGUGGAAAUCCUCAUAACCAGCUAGCUGUAUUGGCGACUUAUGUUGGUGAUGAGUUCUUGGCUCUGUAUCACUGUGUAAGAAGCUUAGCUGUGAAAGAGCCUUUUCCUGGUGCUUUGAACAAUCUUCUUUUGUUGUUUGAGAAGAACAGGUCUUCUCCUCUGCAGUCUCUGUCUAAUAGUGCACAGUUUAACUUCUUAAACCCAUCAGUGAGCAAUGUUACUGUGAAAAAUGUCGGAGAGGACCACGGUUUAUCAAACGCGAAAAGAGAAUUACCGUCUGGAGUUGAUUUAUGGCCACUGGUUGUUCGAACAACUAGCUUCUUUUUCCUUAAAUCCAGUUUCGAUGAGUUUGGUUGCGCAUUUGCAUCAACUAUGAGAGAGUUGGAUGCAGCUUUUGCAGCAGAUGAUAGACAUCUAGAAGCCAUGUUGGAGUCUUAUCAAGUUAUGGACUCGGCGAGAAAGGGACCUUAUAGAAGCCUCCAACUUGUUACGGUUUUCAUCUUCCUCUUCCACCAUAUAGCCGAGUUUAAUGGAUCAGACAACACGAAAGAGGAAGUGAAGCCAGUAGAUUUAGCAUUUACCAUGGUCUUCAUCGUCAUGGGGCGAGUUGUUGAGAGAUGUUUGAAGACGAGUCCCUUGGAUUCUUGCCCUCUCUUACCUGCACUACUUGUAUUUCUAGAUUACUUACCGUUUCUGCUUCACAAAGCAGAAGAGCAAGAAUGGAGGUUUGAUGAGACGAGUGAGAUUGCAAUAUCUUACUUCUUUGACAAACUCGUUGAUUUCUUGAACCGGUUAGAGGUGAAAGGCGAAAACUGCUCUGCUAAAACGUUGGUAGCUUUCUGGGAGGAUCAUGAACUGAGGUCCUUGGCUCCUCUUGCUCCUAUACAAGUACUUUUGGAUUUCUCUAGUCAUAUAGAUCUAAGAGAGAGAUUUGAUAAAGGGAAGGAGCUUCGUCUUCAACGGAUUAUAAAUUCUGCUAUGGAGAUCACAAGUACUCAGAAGAAGGGUUCUCAAAAGUGGCUAUUCUUUGACGAGCAAGGGACUCGUUUCUACACAACUUCAUGUGAAGUGCAACGCAAAGAAGAGCUCUUUCAUGGGAAUGGAGAGGGAAGUAACAGAAAAUGUGAUACUUUAGGAACGGUUGAGAUCAUUCCUUGUGAGAAUGAAAGAUCUGUGCCUGCAGAUGAGGAAGAAGUCAUUCUUCUCAAGCCGCUUAUAAGGUGUCAAUCUGCUCCAAUCAGUUCUCCUGGCAUUUCGACGAAACCACUCAGCUCUGAUAACACAACUUCAUCAUCUGAUGAAAGCCUAAGACGCACUUCAUCGCUCGUUGUGAACAAUAGCCCACAUGAUACUAGCUCUGAAAGUUUCAGCUUCAUGCAAUUUCUUAAGGACAUGGACCCGCAACAUAUGCAAUUAGAAGAAGGCAUUACCAUCCCAGGAAGACCUCCAUCGCUGAGCGCCUGGGUGGUUGACAAGAAUAAAGAGAAUGGAAGAUCCGGUUUAAGUAAACCAAACGGGUUGACCCCUAUUGAUGAAACAGGUCCUGUCACAUCCUUUGACAGUCUCUCCAUCAGUAGCAGCACCGAGCAUCCGGCUUCUUCGUAUUCACCUCCUACUCCGUCUGCUCCCUUAAUGCCUGAAGACGCUUCUUGGUUUCAUAAUGGUGUUAGUAGCAAAGCAGAGAGCUUAUAUGACCAGACAAGAUACAUGGAACGCCCCGGUUUCACCAUGCCAUACUCAAGCCCCCCAGUUGUUGGGAUAUCUUCUUCUGAGUGGUUACGUCGAUAUAGAGAAAGUCGGAAUCUUGGAUCAGCCUAUUCCUACCAAGCUCAGGGGCCAAACAAUUUGAGGAACUUCUUGGCUAAUGGGUCGUCCAAGUUCAGUCUCUUAGCUAGGUAUGGGACACCAAAUGAUCAAUCGAUGAUCGGUUCUGAAAACACAACGUUUUGCCCUCCGCUCUACAUGGAAGACCAUGAACCUAGAGGAGAGAAGCUUUGCAACGCUCAACAAACCACAACAAACGCUUAUGGCUUCACUGACGAUCCAGGACCAUUUCUUCGAUAUUUGAGAGAGAAAGAGUGGCUUAAUGAGAAUGGUCAGAGGUUAAGAGGUCCUCCUUCUCCUGCAUUUAUGAACAACUAA